AUGGAAAACGGAUACGCGGCGGGUAUAUUUUACGAUGAAAAAGUAUUGACCUGGAGUAAACGGCUUUUAACGUUGCCAGGACUUUGGCCAGAAAAUCAUAACGAUUAUAGAUUUUUCUUUUACGUUUUUUACGUCAUAUUAUUCACCUUUUUAGAACUAGUUGGAUUAUUUCAAAGUAUCGACGAUCUCGAGAAAACUCUUCGAAACGUUACACUUUCUUUACCAACUAUAUUGAUCGUAUUAAAAACAUUAAUGUUUAGAUGGAAGAUGCAUCUCGUUAUACCGAUUUUGAAAAUUGUUAAUAGAGACAUAUCCCAAGGAUUAUAUCGUACGGAUUACGAAAGGGAAAAAAUAGUCUGGUAUAAUAUGGCAGCAACUAUGUUUACAACCUCCUCAGCAAUGUCACUUUUCUUCGUUCCUACUUUAUUUUAUGGCAAACCAAUUUUCGAAUGCAUUUUAUCCAGUUUCAAUAAUUGCACGUUACCGUAUGAAUUACCAAUACGAAUAAAUCAUAUUUACGAGGUGACAGAUGCUCGUAUGUACGCGUUGUUUUGUAUCUGGUUGAUACCAGCCAGUACUCUGUUAACCGUAGGUGCAACUGGCGCGGAUAGUCUUCUAGUUACUUUGACGUUUUAUCUAUGCGGACAAUUAUCGAUUCUCGGGAAUCGUUUGAAAAACGUUCAUCUAGAAAUGGGAAAGUAUCAUUGCGAAAUGAAACUUUUGAUCGAUCGACACGACGAACUCUUAAGAUUGGCUAUGAUUUUGAAAAAAGCUUUCAGUUUCCUCAUGUUCGUGCAAACGUUAGGUUUGAUAUGUUCUCUCUGCGUUGUGGCCUAUCAAUUGUUAACGACAUCGGAAAAUGGCAAGGAUAUGAACACAGUACACUUCGUUUUAUAUUCCUGUGCAGUUGUACUUCUCGCAUUUUGUUAUUGCUUUUUAGGAGAAUGUUUGAUCGAAGAAAGUAGUUCCAUUGAUUUGGCUUGUUAUUUUACGAAUUGGUACGAAUUACCUACGAAAGAAAUACGUUCGAUUAUGUUUUGCAUUUCUCGAUCAAGAAGACCGUCAUAUAUCACUGCUGGACAAUUUUACGUAUUUUCUUUAGAAACUUUUGCAAUCAUCAUGAAAGCUUCCAUGGCGUAUCUUUCCGUUUUGAGGACUAUCGCGUAAUCCAAAAGAGAUGGAAGAAGGAGGAGCCUCGUCAAGAAGAAGAAGAACAUGGGUGAUAGUAAUUGUAAAUGGUGAAUGGUGAAUGGUGUGAUGAUGGUGUUAAUAGUACGUUUCACUAAUCGUAUUACUCGAAAGCCUUAUCGUCAUAAUCUUAGCAAAUAUACGACGACAUUUUCAUAAUGUGGAAUUUAGAUGGAUUAAAAAGGGCCUGUAGGGGGUGGGUGGGGUGGGGUGGAUGAGUGAUACGAAGAUGUGCUACAGACAUGUCUAUUUUUUACGUUUCAUCUAUUUUUACAAGGUAAUAAUAAUAUCACGAAGAAAAGCAAAAUGAAUAAAAAA